ACUGCAUUGUCGAUCUGGCAUAUCCACGCUACUGCAACCACUAUCGACGGCGAAAAUAAACUCCCGCUGGGACUGUCGAUCCCGCAGCUGGCGCAAGCCUAAGCCCACAUCGCAGACCUGCAGCCGCUCAGCAGAGCUGCCCAGCUCAACAGAAAGUGGUUGUUGAAUCAUGCCUCGAUGGCUUCCCGGGAGGCUUGCGACACCAGUAUAUAAAGCUGACUCAAAUCGGACUCCCACUCCAUCAGACAAAGCAUUGAAGACAGUGUUCCUUGAAAGUUUCCUGCCAGACACAGGUGUCCAUCAUGGCUCCAUCGAUCCAGUUCUUGCCAGAAGGGGACACUUCAUCAGGCACAUCAUAUCCUGUCACUCCCGCCCCGGAAGCACCAAAGACUGCCGAACAUGCGUACGACGACACCCUCCGCAAGCUGAACCUGCUGGAUACCAACUUUGCCUACCGGCAGAGAGCCAUCAAGACUCACGACUGGGAUGUCUUUAUCCAGGACAUGUUGCGGUGGUGUCGUGCAGCGGGAUAUGAGAGUCCCGAUUUCGAUCCCUUGAACGCGGUCCAUAUCGCCGGAAGUAAAGGCAAGGGUUCCACCUCGGCGUUUAUUUUCUCAAUUUUGUCCGAGUACCAGAGUCAGGAGAGCCCAAUUCAGAAGCUGGGACUCUACACGUCUCCCCACCUGCGCACCGUGCGAGAACGUAUUCGCAUCAGCCCAUCCAAGGACAUGCCCUUCUACCAGACCCCACUGUCGGAGAAGCAGUUCGUGCAGUACUUCUCCGACGUAUGGGAGCGACUAGGGCUGACGGAUGACUGCGCCAAGGGAGGCCCGCCAUUUGCCCGCUUCCUCACCCUAGUGGCACUGCACGGCUUCCUCCAGGAGAAGGUCGACACCGCUGUGGUCGAGGUAUGCCUCGGAGGCCGCCACGACUCGACCAACGUACUCCACCGACCCAGUGUCUGCGCGAUCACCAGCCUGGCCCUGGAACACACGGAUCUACUGGGUGACACUAUCGAAGAGAUCGCCUGGGCCAAGGGCGGGAUCAUCAAGCCCGGGGUUCCCGUGUUUACGAUUCCUCAGAAGCCUGGCGCUACCCGCACGCUGCAAAAGAUCGCCGCCGAGCAAGGCGCGGAGCUGACGAUCGUGCCCGUGCACCCGGAGGUGGAGACCAUGGAGUUGGGCCUGGCCGGAGAGUUCCAGAAGAUCAACGCCAGUCUAGCCAUCGCCGUGGCCGCCAGUCAUCUCCGCCGCAUGGGCUAUUCCGGGAUCCCCGAGGACAUCACGUCCGCCCCCUUACCCGAGAAAUUCCGCCGGGCGCUCCGCAACGCCAGCUGGCCCGGUCGCUGCGAGACGCGAGAGUGCCGAUCGGGCCGAUUCCUGCUCGAUGGGGCACACACGGUCGAAAGCAUGGACCUGGUGGGCGCGUGGUUCGCCAAGAAGGCCGCGCAACUCGAAUCCGCCAAGCGGGUGCUCAUCUUCAACCAGCAAACCCGCGAUGCCUUUACGUUGGUUCGACACCUGCGGGACAGUAUCCGUCGGUCGGCGACGGGGGCCGUCACCGAAGUGCCCUUCCAUCAUGUCAUCUUCUGCACCAACAUCGCCUGGGAGAAGAAUGAGGCUGCGGAUAUGGAGCGCGCGUCGAUGAUCUUCACCGGCAACUCCGGGCCCGAGAACCUCACCCUGCAGACCCAGCUGAGUGGCUACUGGCGGGGUAUCCCAGGCGAAGAGAUGACGGGCAUCACGGUCGUGCGCACGGUAGAGGAGGCGGUGCGAUGCGCUGGUGGCGUGGGAAGCGUCGCAGGGCAGUCACCGCUCGUUCUGAUCACGGGUAGUCUGCAUUUGAUUGGCAGCGCGUCGGAGGUGCUGGAAACGCUGGAGGAGGAGGGAGUUCACUUGUAAAAGGAGCUGACGGGGGUAAUUUCUUCUUUGCGGAUGUACGCUGUCACUUUUCCCAUGAUCGAUGCGAAUUGUUGUUGGGGUAGGAGUAGCCAUACAAAACGGGGUAUAGGCUUUCAGGCAAUCCUGGACUAUAUGCAUAGCAGUAAUCUAAAACAAUC